AUGGCUAAUUAUCGUCAAAAGGGUAACACAGGUCACACCAAUAAAAAGAAAAAUUGUUACAUGGUCGAUAAUUUAAUUGGUGAACCACCUCACAAUUGUUAUAAUAAUCAACAAUGUAAAUGUUCUCAUUCUUGUUAUGACCCAAAUUCAAAGAUGUAUUUCGUCUCAAACUCGUACAAAAAACAACAUGUUCCUCCACCUUCAGCCUCAAAUAUGGAAUUAUUAAAUUCACCAGCACGUUCGUUACGUCGUUCACAUUCUAAUGUCUCUGAUGAUGAUGAUGAUUUCCAAACAGUUGCCCACAAAAAAAGCAAACAAUUGAACAAUAUGAUUUAUCACAACAAUCGUACACAAGCUUCAGAUCAUCAACAUCAAGUUAACCCCAUGAAGAAUAAUAAUAUGUUAAUGAAUGCAUCACGUCCUAUUUCUCCUCGUACAACUACAAACCAUACAAAUCUUCAACAAAGUCAUCAACAACAAAAUAUAACAACAGCUUCAACACGUUUUGCUUUGACAAGAUACCCUUUUCCACCUCAUAUCGUUCGAUUUAAUUCCAACACAGUAACAAUUAAUAAAUUUAAAGAAGAUAUUACCAAACAUGUCAAGAAUGUUUAUCAACUUGAUAUCGAAGUUGCUAAUUGUCGAACGUCAAAUUUAAAAUGCAAUAACAAUGAAAUGGACAUUUUACUUUAUUUAAAAGAUUCAACUUCGUUUGCAUUUUUGUUAGACCAAGCUAAAUAG